UCCCCCUGUUCUUUCAGCCUCGCAGGGGAAUUUUUGCAUCCUGAUGAUGUUCGGCUGGACAACCGAGACACCAGUCCCGACAUUAUUCUGCCCACGUCUUGACACGCUGCGAGCCAACUGAAAAUGCUUCGUAAACAAGCACGCCAGAGGAGGGACUACCUCUACCGCCGGGCGCUUCUUCUGCGCGAUGCCGAAAUUGCAGAAAAGAGGGCGAAACUGAGAGCCGCCCUAGCGUCAGGAAAGCCGUUGGACCCAGCGAUUGCGAACGACAAGCAAUUACGGAAGGACUACGACUACGAUGUGUCUCGGGACGUUGCUGGCGACGACUCGCUCGACAUCGACGAUGAAUAUUCUGAGCUGUCUGGUGUCGUAGAUCCCAGGGUUUUGGUGACAACUUCGCGAGAUCCAAGCUCGAGGUUGAUGUCCUUCUCCAAGGAAGUACGGCUGCUGUUUCCGACCGGUAUCCGACUCAAUCGUGGAAACCUCGUCCUUCCCGACCUCGUCCGAUCCGCCCAGAGCGAACGCCUUAGCGAUGUUGUUCUCCUUCACGAGCACCGUGGCACACCAACGGCAAUCACUAUUAGCCACUUCCCUCACGGACCGACCCUGAUGGCGUCACUUCACAACGUGGUGUUGCGCGCGGAUAUCCCGCGGUCAAUAAAAGGGACGGUCAGCGAGAGCUACCCUCAUCUAAUUUUCGAGAACUUCACUACGCCUCUUGGGCACCGCAUAGUCAAGAUUCUCAAGCACCUCUUUCCACCGCGUGAUCCUACGGCCGGCAAAAACGCAGGCAACAGAGUCAUCACCUUCGUGAACCAGGACGAUUGUAUCGAAGUACGCCAUCACGUUUACGUCAAAACCAGUUAUGACUCGGUCGAGCUGAGCGAGGUUGGGCCGCGGUUCACCAUGAGGCCUUUCUCAAUCACCAUGGGGACCCUGGAGAACAAGGAUGCGGACGUCGAGUGGCACCUCAGCCAGUACACUCGCACAGGCAGGAAGAAGAACUACUUCUGAGCUUGUUCCGCAGGACAUCUCAGUCUUAAGUCAGAGGCGUAUCUCCGCUGUGGAAGCAGCAACCGUUUUAAAGAGGCCGUGCCGUCUAGAGUCGUGCAUUGACCGGGUGGCGCCUUAGCUGUGCCUCGAUAACCCCCGUCAUCGAGACUUCAAGAAAAGGAAGGCACAUUAAAGAACGUCUUUCCGUCUUCGAUAAGUUGCAAUCCCAGGUUGCCGUUUGGGUUAUAAGAUCGGUGCUUGGAAGUAUCACCUAUCGCGCAUCCACCAAGAUACCAUCGCCCAACUUCCGGUCGCUGGGUGGUGUUGAGUGGGUAUUCAGACUGGCUAGAGAUGCGGGCUUCCUAGCAAAGCAACAACACCCACUUCAG